AACAUGGAAAAGAAUGAAACCCUAUGGGCAGAGUUCAUUCUCACAGGUCUCACAUGCCAACCACAGUGGAAAACCGUCCUGUUCCUGGUGUUCUUGGUAAUAUACCUCAUGACCAUUGUGGGGAACCUUGGUCUGAUCACUCUCAUCUGGAAUGACCCUCGACUUCACAUCCCCAUGUAUUUAUUCCUUAGUAACUUAGCCUUUGUGGAUACUUGGUUAUCAUCCACAGUGACACCAAAGAUGCUACUUAAUCUUUUGGAUAAAGGCAAGGUGAUUUCUGUCGCUGAAUGCAUGACACAAUUUUUUUCCUUUGCAAUCAGUGUGACAACAGAAUGUUUUCUCUUGGCAGCAAUGGCUUAUGAUCGCUAUGCAGCUAUAUGCAAUCCUUUGCUUUAUCCAGUAAUUAUGACCAAUAGAUUAUGCAUUCGCCUAUUAGCCUUAUCAUUUGUAGGUGGCUUUCUUCAUGCUGUGAUUCAUGAAAGCUUUUUAUCUAGAUUAACAUUCUGUAAUUCCAACAUACUAUAUCAUUUUUACUGCGAUGUUAUACCACUGUUAAAAAUCUCCUGUACUGAUCCUUCUUUAAAUUAUUUGAUCAUUUUCAUUUUCUCUGGUUCAAUACAAGUGUUUACAAUUAUGACUGUUCUUAUUUCUUACACAUUUGUUCUCUUUACAAUUUUAAAAAAGAAGUCUGACAAGGGCAUAAAGAAAGCCUUCUCUACCUGCGGUGCCCAUCUCCUUUCUGUAUCUUUAUACUAUGGGCCUCUUCUCUUCAUGUAUGUGCACCCAGCAUCUUCAGAAGUAGAUGAUCAAGACAUGAUCCUCUCUCUGUUUUACACAGUUAUAAUCCCCGUAUUAAAUCCAAUUAUCUACAGCCUCAGAAAUAAGCAAGUCAUAGAUUCUCUGAAAAAAAUGUUGAAACUAACAGUUUAG